AUGGAAAAGCUUCAUUUCCCAAUGGUUCAUUUCCCUUUCUUUCUUCUUCAAAUCCUUUCUCUUCUACUUCUCUCAUCGGCUCAAACUGUCCCAACUAAGUAUUUUACAAAUUGUGGGUCAACGUCCGACGUAACUGUCAAUGGUCGGAACUUCGUUGGUGACUUGAAUGGUGCCGGCUUCUCUAUUAUUGGACCAAGCUCUUCUGUUAGUGCCGUCAAUUCAUCAACAGAUACGUCUCUUUAUCAAACAGCAAGAGUUUUCACACAACCAUCGUCUUCAUAUGAGUUGGACGCCAUCGAUCAUGGCAUUUAUUAUGUUCGUCUUCAUUUCUUCCCGUUUAAGUCUGGGAACACUAAUCUGGCUAACGCCCUAUUCGAUGUUUCUACUACUGACUUUUCGCUGCUGUCAAACUAUGGUGUUAAAGAGAAUUCACCAGCUGUGAUUGAAGAGUUCUUACUCACAAUCAACGAAAGCAAGUUCAGCAUCUACUUUACUCCUCAGACUAACUCUUUUGCUUUUGUGAACGCCAUAGAAGUCUUUCUAAUCCCAGAUAAGAACUACAUCCUGGAUAGCUUUCCUUUGAUUAAUUCUCGUGGACUAGCUGGAAUUGCCGAUGGCGUACGAUCUCAGGCUUUACGCACAAUUCACAGGGUCAAUGUUGGAGGUCCACAGACCAACGACAUACUAUGGAGGACUUGGACACCGGAUGAUGGUUAUAUCCUUAACCCAGGAAAUGACAAAACCUGCGAUCCUUAUAAUGGUGUGCUUAAGUAUGAUGUUCUUGGUGCAACUGUGUAUAGUGCCUCGGAUAUUGUCUACAACACUUGCAAAGAAUUGAAAUCAGAAUUUUCUGUCAUAACUUGGAGCUUUAAUGUGGGUAAGAGUACCAGACACCUGCUUCGGUUGCACUUCUGCGAUAUUGUUAGCACAAAGGAUGCAUAUGUCAAGUUCGAUGCCUCUAUUUCUAGCUAUUUCACUCAGAUUAUCUAUGUUGAGCAAUUGGUAACUCCAUAUUACUGGGAUUUUUUGGUUGAUUCAGAUGCUUUGGGACUUAUCACUGUUACCUUAGGGCCUAGAAAGGAUUCUACAAAUAAAAACGCCUAUCUGAAUGGACUGGAGAUUUUCGAGUAUUCGAAGAAAUUGGUUUAA